UCGAAGGGGAGUUUUGCUAAUGGUGGAAUGAUUCCCUCUCUCUCUCUCUCUCUCUCUCAAUCCCUCUUCCCUCAUAAAAUAAAAUGAAAAAUGCAGUUCAGUGUUCAGCUUGAGCAUAACCACAGGGGGGAUGAUUGAUAGUUUAUCAUGAACUUAUCCGGCCAUCCAUCACCUCGGAAUUCGCAUUCAGUCUUUUGUCGAUUACUGCAUUGGCCACUGAUGUAACGAAUUUUAGGAGCUAUAUUUGCAUUGAAAGAAAAUUUUGCAACAUAGUGCAGGUCCAAGAAAGCAUAUAACUAGAAAGAGAGAAUAGUCUGGCAUUGUUGUUGGUGGCACGUUUACCAGCACCUCAGGUGCGCGUCAUCUGUGUGGUGGUUUCUUUUUUUUUUCCUCACGUCAAGUGUUUACGUGGAAGCGUCGACACACUGCCAAGAUAUGGCUGCCAAUGACUCACGCUCUCUGCCCCAGAGAAGUACUAGUGAAAAGAAGAAAAAUAAAAAACAUGGUGCUAAGUGCUACAAUCAACUCAAGGACCUGUUUGGAUCGACAUUCGACUACGAAAUCCUUAUGUCGGUCGCAAAAAGCUGCCAAUAUGAUUUGGACGCAUCGGUAUCUGCUUUAUUGAAAAUGACCGAGACUGGGCUAGAACAGCCACAGCCAGAUUACGAUCCGUGGAGGGAUGAAACAUUACCAUGGGAGCAAAAAGAAGAGACAAACUUGGAUCACGAUACUCACAUCAAUCAUGACCCGAGUCUUUAUUUUUUAUCCUCCGACGACAAAGAUGAACUACACAGACAGCGCGACAAAUUUGCAAAGUUCGAACAAGAUAGAAUAGCCACGGAGAAUGUAGACGUAUCAGAAGGAACCAAAAAAAUCGGCACCACGUCUCUCUGUGGUUUGAAGGUGCAGUACCGCCCCAAGGGUGUGGUGCAUCAAUACGACGACGACGACGCGGACGUCGUGGUCGAAGGUGACUGCGAGAGCUCCGACGAGUCCGAAGCUAAUACACCCGAGCAGUCUAAAUAUUUUGGUUUGGUUAACAGUCCGACUCCAUCUGCUCAAAGCCCUCCCAAGAGUACCCUAACACGGAUGAUGGACAAUGCCGGAAUUUCUUCGCCACCUUCAUUCCCACCACGACAAUCGGACAAUUCGUGGGCCUUAAAACGCAUAAGAGAAGAAAUCGACAAGGGCUAUAAGGUUCUGAUUUUAUUGCGCGGUGUGCCUGGUAGUGGCAAGUCCUACCUAGCUCGUAGCAUUAUAGAUCAAACGCCCGAUACCACCUACAACAGCCACGUGUUCAGCGCCGACGACUACUUUCUGCGUUCUGGUGUUUACAAGUACGACCCAAAGCAGUUGAGGGAGGCUCAUCAGUACUGUCAAAGAAAUGCCUGUCAAGCGAUGAGAGAAGGCCGAAGCCCCGUUUUAAUCGACAACACCAACACCGAGGUGUGGGAGAUGGAACCAUACGCUGCGGCAGGGGUGGAGUACGGCUAUAUCGUAGAAAUCCUGGAGCCGCAGACCCCGUGGGCGAGGAAGGUUCACGAGCUAGAAAAGAAGAACACCCACAAUGUACCCAGAAGCAAGAUCCAGGUGAUGCUGAACCGCUACGAGUGGAACAUAAGCGGGGAUCGCUUGCUCAGGAUUUCCAAUCUCGAAUACAAGCCGCGCAACAAACCACCGCAGUUGCGUCACUGGCCGCGUUUACCAGACACCCAGGCCCAGAGUUGCGUCACCACGCCUACGAUUCAGCAAAGAAGCCAAGCGUCCAAUUAUAUUUCUGCACAGCCCAAGACUACCGUUGAUGAUGAGCCCAAGGCUACCGCAGGUGCUAUCAAAGCACGACUAGCAGAGAAUCCAUACGUUGGUGAUGCUUUGGAGACCAUAGCACGAGAAUAUUCCGAAAUGCAAAUAAAAAGUGGAGGUAGUAGCUCAUUCACUGCAGGCUGUUCGUUUAGGGAAAACAACUCGACAAAUGCAGAAAAAUUAGGUCCCAUUGGCUGUGAGAGAAUCCAUCCUCUCGCGCUGCCCGUAGCUGAUGAAAAUAAAGAGCCUUCAUAUUUGAUUACGGAUUCAAACAACAAGACGAAUGUCUUAGCUGACGAUCAAACCGAAAUCGAGGAAGCAACUGUGGGUAAAAAUGCAGAGGGUCUGCGAGACAAUGAUCAGUAUGAUGAUGCAAACACAGUUGCCAUAUUAUCCAAGUGCAAGGAAUUUACAGUUCUUAUCGACGGUGUAAAAUUAAGUAGCUGUUGGACUAUGAAGGAUUCAGCUGAGCAGGUAACAAACACCGGUCCAACAGGUUUUGUAAAUGAUGGCAUGUCUGGCUAUUCUGAGAGAUCAACUACGAAAGAUAAGCCCGAAACAACUUCUGAAACAGUGGAAGCAACAAAAGGAGCCACAUGCACAAAUGAGCCGGAAGUAUCGCCGACACAGAGUGAUAAUGGUAGCAGUAACAACAGCAAAGGCAGCAGUUUCGAGAGAAUUUCCGAUGUUGACGUAGUUUCAUUAGAUUCGAGUGACACUGAGCUCAGUCCGGAUCCAGAAUUCAAGAAAAAUGCCGAAACCGUAGAUAUUGAAAGCGUUGAAAACUUAUUAGUCAUAAAGAACGAUUUGUCGGACUUGGAGAGUAGUUCUUACGAGACUGCUGAUUCCAUCAUCGUCAUAGAUCAACAGCCGGAUAAGUCCAUACAGCAGAGUACUGAUGAAGAUAACGCCAAGGCUUUUGAUCAGUCCACUUCGGCAAGUAAAAGCGAAGAUGUACCACAAAAGGAAUCGUUUGAAUCUAACGUCAUUGGUAGCGAGGCAAGCAGUUUAACCAUCGAAGCCCAGCUCCGGGAUGUCAGUUCGAAUUUUCUGCUGAUCGAGCAGCUGGAUUCUGUGGAAGAACGCAGGACCCUGGUUUUAGAAGAGGACAUUGAAAAACAGGAUUCUGAUGCUAACGGACCAGAAAAAUCUAAAAGUGAACAAACGAAGAACUUGCAAUCCUGGGAUGUCUUUGAAAAAAAUGUGUCCAAAGAGCCUAUAGACAAGGUACUUGGUGGUAAAGUUUCCUCUCACGACGCAUCCCAAAAUACGUUACUCCAAGAAGAAAACGCGUUUCCAAUCAAUUGGACUGAAUCGUCUUUCCCGGUCGACAGCGCGAAUCCGAACUACUUUUCUCUGAAAAAUACAACCGAGGCUAUACCAGAAAUGUCAGAUUGUAGUACUAACACGGAUCCGUACGAUUUCAACGUGGCCUACCUUGGCGGAAUCGACGGCUACAAGGUCAUCAACGGUGUCAGUCGGAGCAUCAACGAUUCAUCUGUGCAGCCAAUCAACAAUCAAGCACAGCACCUACCACUAAAGCUUAUGUUGGACAAGGGCUCAAUGACGAACAGCACGAGUGUCAUUGGUACCGACAUCACGUUGUAUCUUGAAAAUGAAACUGAACCAGAAGACAGGAGCGAAGAGUUCCUCGAACGAUUUCACCAUCUGCCUCAAGACUUGCUGUUGGAAGUAUAUCACAAAUUAUGCGCGCGAGACUUCAAUUGGGCCGUGGAUUACAUAAGCCAUCUCUGCUCCGGAGACAUCACAAGUUACAAGCAUGUUGAGCCUGUUCUUGAUAGCCGUUUUGACGAUUCACCGGUUUCGACACGAGCACGGCAGCGGUCGAGCAGCUCGGAGUCCUCCUCGUACGAUAACACGGGAUCGCCGAAACACACGCGAAGCAAAAAGAAAAAGAAAAACAAGAAAAGCAAGUGCUUGCUCUCGGAUGAUAAAUUGAUGCUUAAGCAGGAACUUGAGAUGAAAAUCCAGAUGAACGAGGAGAGCUACCCCGAGCAUGUCUUGAAAAUCAAGCGCUGGAAGAAUCGCGAGUUUGAUGAGCCUGUUCCAGACUUUAUGACGUUUGAUGAAGAAGUUGCCACUGGGACGGAUGUAGUGACGAUGAUUGCUGGAAAAGAGAUCAAAUUCACGGAUACUCAAGCAGAGGUAGAACCAGAGAAGCAAGUAGAAAAAAAAACCAACAUUAAUGAAGAAGAUGCGUUUAUUGACGACGACGAAGAGAUGGUCGAGCUCAACAUUGGAUCCGAUUGCAUCAGACAGCUGGAAAAAAUGUUUGGUGGUGGUGAUUUUGACAACGACGGCAUAUUUCCCGUCAUUCAAAUACCAAAAUCAAUGGCUCAACAACUACAUGGUUUCUGGAUCGAGACGAUGAAUCAGCAAUUCUGGCGAAUGCAGGAGCAGCUUGAUUUAAUGAUCGCCAAAGACGCCGAAUAUGCUAGAUCACUGCUUAAUGAACCUGAUGAUGUAGCAGGGAGACCGGAAGUGCCCAAUUUAAAGGAAAUUAUGGACAUGGAGAUGGCACUUGCUACGUAUAAAAACGAUAACCGUAAACAUAAAAAGCAGCUGCCAGCAGAGAUUAAGCAAAAAGUGACACAAGAUACCUUGUACGAGAUGUACCCGGACUUUGACCGGAAAAUAGUAUUGGACAUUUAUGAAGCUCACGAACGAGAUUUUGAGGAAACAUUCAACGUUUUGAAAGAAAAUUCUCCUCAGCAGAAAUCGUGCAUCACCAUGGCCGACGUGCUUAAAAAACGAAAAAAUUUAAUUGACGAAUUGCACAAGGAGAGUAGCACACCGAUCCAAAAUCUGCUGAGCCAGGCAGGAGCUUCCGCGGAGGAUGAUCGCAACUACGGAUAUGAUAACGACGAUGACGACGACGAGGAAAUGAGUUACGGCAGAGCCAUGCAAAUCGCUCGCCUUGCUCGCGCGGAAGCGCGCAGGCAGCUUGACCGUAGGAAUGAAAAUUAUCACAAAGCCCAGGAAGCGUAUAGAAAAAAAAAUCCCGACGUUGCGGCUUAUUACUCCGAUGUGGCCAAACUUUACAUGAAAAACGCGGAGAGAGAAAACGAAAGGGCGGCAUCUGCUUACCUUGUAGCUCAGCUGUACUUGAACGAUCCAGAUGAUAAAUUGGAUUUGCAUUAUUUGCGCGUGUCCGAAGCCAUAGAGGCCCUCCAUAUUCACCUCGAUACGCAGCUGGAGAAAAUGGCCAGUGGCGCCCGCAAGCGUAUCCUUAUCAUCACAGGCAGAGGUGCUCGUAGCACCAGUGGUAAAAGCAAAAUCAAACCUGCUGUGGCCAAGGAACUCGAUAAAAGAAAUAUUUACUUUUCUGAAGUGAAUCCAGGAUUGUUGCGGGCCGUUUUGAAAAAGCAAUAAGAGACUCCGUUAAAGAUGAGUUUUGCGUUUAUCAGAUUUAAAAAAAUAGUAUAUACCUUUUGUAUUAUUGUCAACUCUUGCUACUGUACAAGUAUUCUCAGUAGUAUUAUUUACUUCAUUGUAUCAGUGAAUUUUUGAAGAAAGUAAUCUUCAACCUAGACAGGUGAUUCAUAAUUUUUACUUUGAAGUACGAUUCGGUCAACCACUUACAGUUGAUUUUUUUUUUUUUUUUUUUUUUUUAUAUUACGAGCGAACGAGUGGCGUAUACUUGAAAGCACCUCUUUUCUACUUUUAACCUAUUUUUGUAUACAAUUUAAAAAAAAAAUGUACGUUUACAGUUAUGUAAAUAAAUAUGCCCACGUUUCGAAAAAAAGAAAAAGGAUGAAAAAAGUAACCUUCGAAAUCCAGUACAGUUGAUUCCUAAAACAUUCGUUUUCCAAACAUAACGUGAAUAAUUGCGUGUUUUCUUCAAGAUACCAAUAUUGUUGCAAUAAAAAUUAUUUU